AUGCCUUCGCGGCGGUUCCAUGCAAAGUCGCGCAAUGGCUGCUUCCGAUGCAAGACGCGAAAGGUUAAGUGCGAUAUCCAAAAACCGGCCUGUGGCCAUUGCUCGCGGAGGAACGAGGAGUGCGUCUUUCCAAAAGAGCCGCCGCGGCGGAGUAGCGACCUUUUGAGCGACGACAUCAGCGAAAAUGAUAUCAGCGCCGCUUUCACCGAGUCGCAUUUGAAUGACUGGGCUCCUCUGAUGACAGUUCACCCAUCGAAUCCAGACCAGUUGCUUCUCCAGAACUUUUCGUCGCGGGUGACCCGGAUCAUGUCUCACAGUCACGGCCUCCAGGAAGUAUGGGCUCUCAAAAUUACCCAGGAUGCCUAUAGCCACGCGCAUCUGAUGCACGGCAUGCUUGCUGUCUCGGCACUUCACCAUGCGCAGACAUCUACGACAUCCAAGGCCGAAGCCGACUACUAUCAAGAGUUGGCAAUCGAUCAUCACAACUACUGCGUGUCGCUCUUCCGGCCUGUGGUUACAGAAAUCAAUGCGCAGAAUUUCGACCCGCUCUAUGCCAGCUCUAUGCUAAUCCUUAUGUUUAAUGCGGUUUUUCUUGGGUCUUCAGAGAACAGUUCAUAUUCUACUCUAGCCAGCGACAUAGCCUCACUUUCCCAAUUGGCAAAGGGCGUCACAGCCAUGAGAGCUCGGGCUGGUAACAAUUCGAGACUGUAUCAACAUUAUCGUGACCUCAACGGUUCGCCCCCACCACCACUACCUGAAGGAAUCAACCGAGUCAUAUUAGCCAUUGAAAAGGCGGUCGACUGUCUACCAGACUUUGGACAUGGAAGCGACAAAAAGCCCGUGUACCUGAAAACCAUUGCCCUGCUGCGGUACACUUUUUACGGAUUUGUUCUCAACAUCGAGCACCCAGCCCUAUUAUUUGUGUGGAUUGCUAUGGCGGAUGCUAGAUAUCUCGACCUGUUGAUGGCACACGACCUUAUGGCUUUGCGCAUUCUUGCUCACUUUGGAAUUUGCUUGUUACAAAUACCAAGCGAAUGGUGUGUGAAUAACUUGGGCAAGAAUAUCGUCAAUGGGGUGAGGCGCAUAUUCGAGCCGAAAAUGGCUUGGGAUGCCCAACACAGACCGCGGGCAGCUCCAACGGGGCUAAGCCAAAAGAACACGAUCGUACUUCCCAUUCAUCGUCGAAAUGACUCGCCGUCUUGA